AUGUCGCCUGUCCGUGUAAAUCCAGCGACCGCCCACACCGGCCACUUCACCCGCCCCGAACCCCUCCAGAAUACAUAUACAUCCGACGCCAGCCUGCAGCGCCAGCUGUCCUGGUACAUCCCACACGACACCCUCACGCACAUCCAAUCCCACCUCACCCAACUAGGCGCCGAGGCCAUUUCCGACCAGAUCCGCGAAUGGAGCGCCAACGCCGAGCGACAGCAACCCUACGUCAAGAGCUACAACGUCUGGGGCGAGCGCUACGACUACGACAAGCUCGUCACCAGUGAGGGCUGGAAACAGCUCGGCCGAUGGGGUGUGCGACAUGGCGUGGUCUCCUUGGGAUACGACCAGACCCUAGGCCCGGAACGACGACUGAUCCAAUAUGCAGUAAACUACCUCUACGCCCCCUCGUCCGGGCUCUACUCCUGCCCCAUCAGCAUGACCGACGGCGCCGCCCGCGUCCUCACAAACCACCUGUCUGCCCUCCCCGCCGACCACCCCUUCCACGCCGUCUUCCAGAAACUCACUUCGCGUGGCGAAGACUCCUGGACGUCGGGCCAAUGGAUGACCGAGCGCACGGGGGGCAGCGACGUGCAAGAAACCGAGACAUGGGCGACCUACUCCCCAGCCACACACACCUCGCAAGCAUCCAACGGCCUCGACGAAGGCGACUACCUCAUCAACGGGUUCAAAUUCUUCUCCUCGGCCACCGACGCGAACAUCGCCCUGCUUCUCGCCAAGACCGCCUCAGGCAAACUCAGCCUCUUCCUCGCGCCGCUACGCAAGACCGUCGUCGGCAGCGACGGCACCCCGCGCGAAGUCACCAACGGCGUGCGCAUCCACCGGCUCAAGAACAAGCUCGGCACGAAGGAGCUGCCGACGGCGGAGCUGGAGCUGCGAGACAUGCGCGCGCACCUCGUCGGCGCGCUGGACGCCGGCAUCCCGACCAUCGCGCCGCUGCUGAACAUCACGCGCGCGCACACCUUCAUCGGGUCGCUGGCCGGGUGGCGCCGCGCCAUCAGCAUCGCCAAGGCGUUCGCCAAGGCCCGCACCACCGUCGGCGAGCCGCUCUGGCUGAUCCCCAUGCAUCUGAACCUGCUGGCCGACAUGGAGAUCCGGCACCGCGGCGCGAUGAACCUCGGCUUCUUUGCCAUUGCUGUCAUGGCGAUGACGGAGAACCCUGGCGCGGCGCCGGUGGCGCCGCAUCUGCCGCGCGCGGGGGAUGAGGCGGCCGUGGUGCUGCGCGCGCUGACGGCCAUCGGCAAGGCGGUGGUGAGCAAGUCGGCGAUCGCGGGGAUCCAGGAGUGUCAGGAGGCCAUGGGCGGCGUGGGGUAUAUGGAUGAAGCGGAUGAGCCGGAGUUCAACAUCGCGCGCAUCAUGCGGAAUACGAUUGUCAACGCGACGUGGGAGGGGCCGACGGGCGUGCUGGCCAGCGAGCUGAUCCGGUUCCUGCUGCUGGGGCGGAAGAAUAACCUGGCCACGUUUGCUGGGUGGGUGGAGCGGGUGGUUGGGAUGAUCAAGACGGCUGAGCUGGCGGACACGCUGAAGGAGAUCUGGACGGCGUUUGUGGCGCGGUUGACGGCGACGAAGCAGCCGCGGUUCCUUCUGGCGGAGGGCCAUCGCACGAUGUUCACGAUGGCGUGGAUCGUGGAGGGCAUCCUGCUGGCGCUGGAUGCGGAGCGCGACAACGACGGCGUCGCGAUGGAGAUUGCCCGGCGGUGGAUUCUCAUGGGUGAAGGCGGCGUCGGGGAUAUGGUCUGGAGAGAUCUCAUCACGAAGGGGAGCCAUCCGUCUGGGGGAUUGUAUACAGAGGAGCAUCUGCGCUGGGACUGCCGCAUUGCGUGGGGAGUGGAAUUGCCCGCGCGAGAGGUCGUCGGACACCGCUCGUUGCAGAGGCUGUGA